UUUUUCAAGGCAUGACCUCAUCCUCAGUUCAUUUUUAGUUCUAAAGUGCAACCUUCUGUCUUCCUGGAUCCCUUUAGCCCUGUUAAUGCUUAUCUUUGCCAUCCACCCCCCACCCCUAUGCAGGGACAUGCCUGCCCCUUGGCUGCUGGGCUAGCAUGAUGAUUACCUUUCAGUGGGAGUGCAUGCGUGUGUCUGCAAGGGGCUAGAACCUGCAUCAUCAGCACUUGCACCAGCCUUUGCAUGGCUCCUCAUUUGAUCAUCUUGCAGUUGUGCUUAAUUAUCCCGACGAAUGUGUAGAAAUUUGCAAUCAGCUGGAGGAUUUCAGGAGCUCUGAUUCCCUCCUCUCCUUCCCCGGCUGCAGAGGAAGUGCAGGAGGGUUGAACCAAGAAUUGCUGAGAAAUUCUGUCAGCUCCUGACCUGUGCACGCCAUGGAAGGCAGAACGGGCCGGGUGCUAGCGUGAGAUUCAGGAGACCUGGGUUGUGUUCCUGGCCUUGCCACGGUAAGGUUUGACGCAAUGACUUGGCAUCCUGGGCUUUAGCAACACAGUGAGAAGCAAGACGGGUGCUGCCCUGCCUACACCGUCCCCCCCAGCUCCCUCUCACCCCUGGGAGAACUGUGCUGGCAUCCCUGCCCCUGGCCUUCCCUCCCUCCCUCCCAUUAGCUGUGGAGGGGACGGAUCCGUUAUGGCCGGGGACAGACUCCCACGCAAAGUGAUGGACCCAAAGAAGCUGGCCAUCCUCCUAAGGAACGGGGCUGAGGGCACCCUGGUCAUAGACAGCCGCUCCUUCGUAGAGUACAACUCCUGGCACGUCCUUAGCUCUGUCAACAUAUGCUGUUCCAAGCUGGUCAAGCGGCGGCUUCAGCAGGACAAAGUCUCUAUCACUGAGCUUAUCCAGCCCGCCUCCAAGAUGAAGGUGGAGGCAGAAGAGCACCAGGAUGUGGUGGUCUAUGACCAGAGCACCCGGGAUGUGAAUGGUUUGGCCGCCGACAGCUUCCUUUCUAUCCUUCUGGGCAAGUUGGACAGCUGCUUCCACAGUGUCUCCAUCCUCACAGGGGGCUUUGCCACCUUCUCGUCUUGCUUCCCAGGCCUCUGUGAGGGGAAGCCAGCUGCCAUUUUGCCAAUGAGUAUCUCCCAGCCAUGCUUGCCAGUGGCCAACGUUGGUCCCACCCGCAUCCUGCCACAUCUCUACUUGGGCUCCCAGAAAGACGUUUUAAACAAGGACCUGAUGACUCAGAAUGGGAUAAGCUACGUCCUCAAUGCCAGCAACUCCUGCCCCAAGCCUGACUUCAUCUGUGAUAGUCAUUUCAUGCGCAUUCCUGUCAAUGACAACUACUGUGAGAAGUUGCUUCCCUGGCUGGACAAGUCCAUUGAGUUUAUUGACAAGGCCAAGGUGUCCAGCUGCCAGGUGAUAGUACACUGCUUAGCAGGGAUUUCCCGCUCAGCCACCAUUGCCAUUGCUUAUAUCAUGAAGACUAUGGGCAUGUCUUCAGAUGACGCCUACAGGUUUGUCAAAGACCGACGCCCGUCCAUAUCGCCCAACUUCAACUUUCUGGGCCAGCUCCUGGAGUACGAGAGGAGCCUGAAACUCCUCAAGGCUUUAAAGGCCCAAGGCGAUCGGAGUGAGGGUGAUGCACCACAAGAUGCAGCUGAGGUGCCCGAGAGCAGCAGGCACCUCACACCUACCUCAGACAAGGCUGAGGAGACACCAAAAAGCACAAGCUCAGUGCCCCCGUCCAGUGACCCUGAGAGGCCUGCAGGAGCUCCCAAAAUUGUCUCACCCACAGCACUACAGCAAGGACUCAAUGGCUUGCACCUGUCCUCAGAGCGCAUUCAAGACACCAACCGACUAAAGCGCUCCUUCUCCUUGGACAUCAAGUCAGCCUAUUCCCCUGGCUUGAGGCAGGAUGCCCCAGGCCCUGUCGACACAGGGGAAACCCCCAAGCUUUGCAAGUUGGACAGCCCUUCUGGACCCAACAGCAUGUGCCAGUUCUCACCCAUGCCUGACAGCCCUGACUGGCCCAGCGGGCCAGACUUCCUUCUGGAGGCCAAGGUACGGCAGAGGCGAAAGCACAGGCACCAAGCGGGCUCCCCCGCCCAUGGACUGAGCCUCAACUUCAGUGGGAUGUGUACCAUGCACAAAAGCACCAGUAUGGAGGAUAGCCUCAAGCAGACACUUCGGCUGAGCCUCCCCAAUACAGGGCAGCAGCCUAUGCAGCCGGCCGCAGCACCGAACUCCACUGGCGGAGGGGGGGUUGGCUCCUGGGGCGUGCACUUAGAGUCGCCCAGCACCCCAUCUUCAGAGACCCCCUGGUACUUUGGCACAGACUCAACGGUGAGCAGUGGCAGUGGUGGAGGGAACGCAGCCCUGUUUGCCAGCGCCAGCUCAUACUCCUCAUUCAGCUGCAACGCCAUCCAGAGCAGCUGUGAGAUCAGACUGAGAGACAAGCAGAGGGCAGAGCAGAGGGACGGGCGGCACAGCUGGCAUGAGGAUGCCAACACUGAGAAGCAGUUCAAGAGGAGGAGCUGCCAAAUGGAGUUCGAGGAGACCAUGUCAGAGGGCAGGUCCCGGGAAGACCUGGGCAAAAUCGGGAAACAGUCUAGCUUUUCAGGCAGCAUGGAAAUCAUUGAGGUGUCCUGACAUUGAUCCAGGAAGUUGGAAUGCUGGGGCGGGGUGGGAUAUUUAAUGGGGAUAAGACAAGGUGGGGUGGCAGGGCGGGGGGCAGGGAGGGGCGGAGUAUUUAUAUCGGUGUGUGUAUUUCCAGGUGCACACACGCCAAAACAGAAGCAGAGACGAAUGGAUCUAAGUCAAGAAACAUGAUGGUCCAAGCUUAGUGCCUCUUCCCACUCCUCCCCCCAGCCAUCCCCUCCCUUCCUCCACCCAAGCUACCCCACCCCAGACACUUUCCCUUUUGGGAGGGAGGAGCUGACAUACCUUUUCCCAUCUGAGUCCUUUGCUCCUACGUGCAGAGAAUGGCUUGCGGGAGUGAUGGGGGAGCUAGCUGACUAUCAGCUGGAAUGAGAUGCAGACUCUUGAUAUCUGAGUAUCCAACAGUUGAAUUCUCAGCUUAAAGUUCAGGGUGGGGAGGGGAACUGCUUUUCUUUUUAGCAGCAGUUAAGCAAUCAAAGAGGGGUGCUGGUCAUCGUGCAGAGCACAGCAUUUUCCUGACCCAUGGGACAGGGCAGAAGCAUCGCUUGUCCCUGCUCCCUUCCCUUUUAUCAGGCUGGGGGAAUGGAAAAUUGGCAGUUCCCUCCCAGGGGUGGAACAGGGAAACCCAUUGGGGAUGUUUGCCCUUCUUUUUUUUUCCCCCUCAAUGCACUAAGCAUGUGCCCCCGUGUUUCUCUGGCUAAAUAUGCUAAUAAUGCUGCACGAGAGCGGCCCUAUACAUAUAUAAAUAUAUAUUAUAUAUAAUAUAAAAAACACACACACACAAAGAAAAAAAGUAAAUGGUUUUACUGCGAUUUUUAUUGAGACGUAAAUAAUAUUUCAAUUUUUUUUGUUUGUUUUUAAUUUAUUGAAGCUGUUCAUUCUGGCAAUGAUUUGCAGACAAUGUGGGGCGGUACUUUCAGCUCUAUUUUUACUGUGUAUGGUAUUUAAAUCUGAAACACGAGUUUCUAAGCAAUAUCUGAGGCCUGUGGCUCCUUCUGUAGCACUUGUCGGCGACAAAGAUACCCCUCUGGGCAGGGCAAAAAUGGGACAGGAAAAUAUCUUUUUUUGUGUGGUUUUUUUAAAAAAAAACAACAAAAUAAUCUCCUUACAACACAAACUGAGCCAAGAAAAUCCCUCCUCAAAGUUUCUUCUUUACCUCUUGGUUCUUAUAUGUUUCUCUCCGGUCUCCAUCGCAUACACAGAACAAUUUCUUCUCCGGGCGGCGGGCCGGAAGAGCUGGCUUUGUCCUGUGGUCAUGUUGCUGGAGACUCUUAAGAUCAUUGAGGGAGGGUUCGGGGUUGCCUGAAAUGAGGGUGCUGUGGAGAUCGGGGGGUGGGGAGAAGUCUUGGUCGGGGGGCAGCAUCCUGUCCUGGGCAGUGUUAAGAAAACUGACCACUGUGUAAUGUUUGAAGGGCUUGAUGCAGGGAGGGCUGAGCUCCCAGGGAAAGCUGCCCUUUCCCUAAGCUCAGCCUCCCCUUGGGAGCAAGUGAGAAGACCAAUAGUGAGCCCUCCCAGAUCCCCUAGUUCCACUGUUGCCCUUCCAGUGUUACUGCCUGAAGGGAAGAGGCCUGAGGCCUCCGGAGAGAAAUAACAGCCUCAUCCCGAGGCUCUCCGUGUGUGUGCGUGCUCAUGUGAGUGUGCGUGUGUGCAUGCGCACACGUAUGUGUAAGGGAGUAUCCAGGGUGGGAGUCUCAGUGGGAGUGACAGCAGGCAGGGAGAGAGCCAUCUGAAGACAAAGGUGAAGCCAGUGAAAGACUCCACUGACUGGCCAUUUCGGGGAAGAAGUAAAGAAGGGAGUGGACUGAAAGGCUAGAAACCAAACCAGAACGUUUGGGAUUUAGCCUGGGCACAUCUCCCCCACCUCAGCCUUUCACUGCCAGGCCCACGUCCAGCAGCCAGCAUCCUCCCUCCCUCCUCCAGUGUGUUGCUAAGAAGAUCUGUUUCACCAUUCUCUUGUCCGGGUUUCUCCUUUUAUUUUGCUUCAGAGACAUUCUGUCAAUUGAUCGUUUUAGUGAGAGUGAAGUGAACGUGACGGCUCAUUCUUGUGCGGCUAAAGGCAAGGCCUCCGACCCCAAGGAAACGUACCUCAUCUGUCUCUUGGGGAGGAAAGGGUGAGGGUUUCCUAGGGAGAUCCUUCUGUCUGGGAUUCUUCAAUUGAUUUAUUUUUGGGAAUAAUGAAGGGCCCCUUAGGACUCUACCAUGGACUGAGGAAACAAGGUCCUACUGUCUUUGAAGUGCAAGGGAGAUCCGCCUCCAGCAAGGAAAUAAGCAUUCAGAGAGCUUUGGUAUUUUGGAAAGGACGGGCAGGGACGCAGGAGCACAAGUGACCAUUCUCUGAUGCAUCUCCCCUCUCUCAAAAGUCCCUGUACUGAUGGGGAGUGAAGCCCUUGUCCCAAAAACCCGUGUUUCUCCCAGGCAGCAGGAGACUUUGACCUGGCUAAGAAGCCCAGGCUUGAUAUGGCAGACUCAAUGCUGCCUCUGCUGCUAAGGACAUUUUUUUUUUCUCUCUGUGGCUGUCUUUGCUUUCCUUCUUUUAGUGUCAUGCUAGUUUUCAAGCUAAUACCUCAGGGUUUUUUGUUUGUGUGUCAUUAUUAAUGUUGUAUAAUUUUGGGAUCUUCACAUACGUUCUUUCCCUUUCCCUUUCUUUCUCUCUUUUCUUUUUUCGUGUUGUUUUUAGUUUGGAAUCAAACUACACAAGACAAAAAAAAAAAAAAAUCUCAGGUUUAAAUCUUAACCACAAAGCAAAGCUGUGAGGAGCUGCAGUAAUAAUAAUACUGCUCUGGUUGCAUCAGAUUGUUGCUUUCCUUCUGACCAUGGUCUGUCUCUGCUGCUGUAUGCAUGUUCUGAGCAAAAAGGGGUCUCCAGGGAGAGACUGCUGUCGUUAAGAUUUUUGAGUUUUGGUUUGGUUUUUUUAAAGGAGUUAUAUAAGUUCGGAUGUUCCAAAUGAUCCUGUCUCGUACCCCAAAAAUGGGCUGGUGUGGGUGGUGGGACAAGGAGGAAUGUGGAUGAUGAAAGGUGUAUGUUUGGGGGGAGGUUUUGGGGGGGUUGUUUUUUUGCUGGGAGAUUAAUAAAAUGUAAGCUUUGAUUGAUGACCCCUUUGCCUACCCCACCCUCCCCCAUCUCCUGACAACUGUUUUGAAAGGGGGGUAUGCUCACUUUUCCCCUUUCUUCAAAGCAUCACAGUCAUAUUUCCUCUUGCAAGCACUUCAUGCUUGCUCAGUGUUGCCGACUAGACUGCUUCAUGGGGUAGGAGGAUUGUGUCUCCUGCCUACUUGUGCAGAGCUGUAUCUAGCAUUGGUAGGGGAUGGUACUCAAAGGGAAGCAGUGUGUCACCUAACACUUCCCAUUCCUGCUGGAUUGGGAGGCCUACAAUGCAGAAAAGCUUUCCACGGGAUUCUCCAGUGUUUCUUCCUAGUUGUUUUUGCACCAUCUAACCCCCCCAUCCCCAGCCAUUGGCUGCAAUGUGACUUGCCUCAUUUUUUGACCCCUUAUCUCCACCUUCCUGGAGCUGGUCACAAAAAAGGGAAACUAUUUUUGCCUAGUCGCUUUUUCUCCCAUUUAAAAUGUUAACAAAAAUGUGGGUCAUAACUGAAAGGUUUUUCUGCUGAGCCUUGUCCAGAGGCUGAUCAGCCCUAUGAACAACACUGGAGAGCCAGUGGUUGCACUCAGAAUCAUCCCCAGUAGGCCACGUUUCCAUGCUCGUACCUUGCCUGCGUCCUAUAAGUCUAGUGCCUGGUGAUGCACCAUGAAUGGACAGUUACCCUCAGUAGCCUCAGGACUAUCCCAUCAUGCCCACACACAGGGCAUGCUGAGAAAGCACCACUCUUUUUAGCCAUCUCUCUAAGAAUUCUUGGACACUGACCCUCUAGCAAUGAGAAGAGCUAUCUAGCUUCUUCACACCACUGACAGAUGUGGUGUAUCAUUCCCCAAGUCACAAGGCCUGCUCUUGAUCUCCCCAAGAGAGUGCAGACAAUAUAUUGUUGGCCAGGUUUGUGGGAGUCCUGCUUACCCAUUAUUGGCUAAAGCAUGAGCCAGAGCUAUUUCAACAGCUAUCCCAAGAAAACAGUGCUAGCAGAGAUCCAGAGCAGGGGGUGGGGGUGGCAAAUGGCUAUGCCCCUUCUGCUGGAGCUGGCAUUUCACACUUGUCGAUCUCAUUAACCCAUCAGUGUUAGAGAGCGUGGGGCAUUCCUUCUUCCUGCAGUACAAAAGUGCACAAGGCCUAAGCAAUGCAGGGUGGGAUUUUCCAUAGCUCUCGGUGGGCACAUCUGCACAAGAUGUUUACUGUGCAGUAGACUAGCUGCACAGUAAACAUUGUGCGUCUACCAGUGCACCCCAAAUAGGCUGAAGUAAACUAAUUUACUAGUCAAUACAACUACUAUCCUGCUACGGAGUAAAAAACUCUGCAGCAGUGCAUGAGUAGAUGCUGCCCUGGCUGGCUGGGGCAUGAGGGUGCUGCAGUGCAGAGGCUGCCUGCCAACUAGCCCCACACUGGAGCACCCUUGUGCCCCAGCCAGCCCCUAUGCAACAUGUUGAGCUGGGUCGGAGCAGCCCUGGGCUGGCAGGCUGACCCCCUGGGCCUCCUGCCCACUGGGGCUGCUCUGACCCAGCUCAGCAUGCUGCAGUCCCAGGCACAUGUGUAGAUGGGACACCUGGAAGCAAUAAACUUUGGUGUGAUAUGUGCCAGGGCUUAUUGCAUCGCAUUCAUAUGCACAUGUAGAUGUGGCCAGUGAGAGCAGUUAGACUAGCAACAAAUGCUUUGAAAAGGGUCUAGGUAGAAGAAAAACACCACCUACCCUGUAAAGGUGAAAGGAAUCUGUGUCUCAGGACAUUGUUCACUUUUUUGGGGUGACCUACAUCUCCAUUUUCAGUGUGCCCCAUUGGCCUCUGCAGCUCAAGAGACAGGGACUUUUCCUGCUUCCCUCUCUCCCUGUGUGGCAUUGCAAAAACACCCCCGUCCUUCCCACCUCUCACAGAAGCAUGAACAUCACUGAGUGAGAUGCCUUCCCAGCAUCCUCUCAGCCCAUUGCAUAGAUAUUCAUACAUCAUGUGCACAUGAUUUUGGUGAGAGCUGUGCUGCUUUGCCCUGGGCAGGGAUCCAUUCUAGAAAGAAUAUGUGUUCACAAAAUCUGUUUCCAGAUACUCAAACUGACCUAUUUCUGGCUGCAAUUGCUGUUCAUCCCCCAUCCAUCUUAUUUUCUAUAUCGUAUGCGGAGAAGAAGAGGCUCUGACUGUUGCUCAACUAAAAUCCCUACUGCACUCCCUUUUAUUUUCUUCAGUGUCUCCCUGUUGCUAGCACCAACCCAACACCCUCAUAGUAGCUCUGAAGAAUGCAAGGCACCAGAGCAUUUUCACCACUGGGGCAUCUUGACUUGGUCAAGGCUCUUCACUGUCACUCCCACCAUUGCUACUCCUGUUGCAGAUGGAGUCAUGUGAAAUUGGGGACAGAGUUAAAGGACAGACACAAGAUGGGAAGAUCUCAACCCCCUUAUCCCUGUAUGAAGUCACUGCAUGGGGUGCUGUCAAGCUCAGUCAUGAUUAACAAUGAGAAGAGAGGGCCAGUGAAUGGCAGAGUGUGGAAUGGGUGCCACCUGGUGGCACACUAGGAAACAGCUAUAGCAGCUUUGGAAAUGUACCUGGAUGUCAUGGCUUUGGUCUACUCUCCCCAAGGAUGUCCCUUUCCUCCAAGCCCUUCUCCAGAUCUGUACACACCUUCAACUGUCUCUUCUGCAUCCAAGAAAAGCAUGCUAGCAAUCAUAGAACUGAAUUAGAAUCAUAGAAAAUGAGGGCUGGAAGGGACCUCAGGAGAUCAUCUAAUCCAGCCCCCUGCUCAAAGUAGGACCAGCCCCAACUAAAUCAUCCCAGCCAAGGCUGUAUUUAGCCAGGUUUUAAAAAGCUCCAAGGAUGGAGAUGCAACAACCUCUCAAUUGGGGUGUUUAUAAUUCACCUCCCUGUGUGGCUUUGCACAUGUCAACAUUUUAUUCUGUUCCUUCUGCUGGGCUCUGUGCAGGCUGGAAGCCAAGUCAUCCCAGGCACUGGGCAAAUGUUACCAAAUGCCCUGCAUGAGAGCAGUGCUUUAGGGGAGGAAGUGCAGCCAAAACCAUGAAAGUCAAAGAAACCUUUCCAGUGGGCUUUGGAUCAGCUCAAUGUGGCCUGAUACAUCUCUUUCUGUCUCUGGAUCAGGGGGCAUCUGCUAUUUUGAGGAUUUUCUCUAUUGCCCAGUGGAUCUGCUUCACUUCAUCCCAGUCCUCCUAUGAACACUCCCAGUCAGGAGAUCUGAUGAGGAACUGGGCCUGAUUUUGAUUUCUGUGAGGUCUGAUUCACAGCAGUGUAAUUCCUUUGCCUUGAAUGGAAGGACUUUUGACUCCCAUCAGUGUAAGUGAGAUCAGAAUCUGGCCCACCGACAUAAGUAGGGACAGGAUUCAGCUGAAAGAGAGCCAACGCUACUCUCCAUGGGACAAUCGGAUAUAAUUGCACAGCAUGUGACUGGUGCCCUGCUGCCCGAAACGUCUGCUCAUUUUUUGUCAGCCCUGCUCCAUCUUCUUCAGGACAAACCAUGUUCCUACCCAGAUGACCAUUCACUGGACCAGCAAAAAUGCCCCCAGCUUCUCAGUGUUUGUGAGGCUGAGCUCUGCUCUGUUGCACUUAGCUGGAAAUCUUCUUGGCACCAUACUGCAUCCCAGUCUAUUUUUGCAAUUUCAGAGAAGUGGGGAGGGAGCAGGAGGUUGUAGGAAAGGAGUCGGCAACACUGCAGCACAGAGCCUGUGUGAGGGGGACACUCCCAGCAGCUGUUUGUCUAGCUUGUGCUGUGACCCCAGCCAUUCUCCCACUCUGAUCUUUUUCUUUCUGGCCAUUCAUCCCUGUCUCACUUCCCCUUGCUGGGAAGCCGUUCCCUUUCUUCUUCCUUCCCCCACUUUGAAUACUAAUGAUAAUAAGCUAUCAAUGUUGUAAUUGCAAUCUAUGAAUUAUAGAUUUAAGUAUUUAUUAUUAUUAUUAUUACUAUUAUUAUUAUGUAUUUUUUGCUUCUUAAUCUCUGUAUGUUGCUCUCUGUUUCUCUGUUGUGAAUAAAUGCAAGGCCUCCCCUCCCGCCCCCCCCAGUGGGGCUGGCUGCACUGUACUGUGCCAGGCUUCGCUCAGAGGUUGGAAGACACACACGCACCAUGCUGGCAGGCCCACGCAAGAUGUUGCGGAGGGUGAAACCUUCAGAGGUUCCCAAACCUCCAAGGCCCAGAGUGGCACCCUUCUCUUCUCCCUUGCCCCCCUUCCUUUUUGCAUGCCUUGGAAUCUACUCAAGUUUGUAAGGAGCAAAAAUCCCCUUGGGUCAGAAAUGGACAAUUGCACAGGGAAAGCUUAAAAUUUAUGAAGAAAAUUGACCAGCUGUCCAGGAGACAGUGAGUCAAUUCCCACCUACUCUCAGGGUUUCUCCCACCCCCACUUCUUCCCCAGGGUGGCCAAAUCCAGGAGUGCACCUUUACCAGGAGCAAAUGAAUGGUCUGGCAUUUGCCAGCCAGUUCAGAAAUCCCACCACCAAAGCCACUGAGUUUUUUGCACUGGCACUUUACUUCGGCAAGCUCUCCUGGUCUUUCUUGGGCUUGGCUUCCCAGCCACCCUGAUGAUCUUUCCCUAUCCCAAAGGCAGCUCCUCCUGGGGAAUAAGGAUGUUCAGUAUUAGCGUGACAGAGCAUGCAACUUGAGGGAAGUCCAUCACACUGGCCUCAGGUAGGAUGCAGAAGAAGGGGAACGGCUUCUAACAUGCAUGUGUUGCUAACAGAAAUGAAUCUAGUUUUCCUGUCUUAAGACUGCAGAGAGACCUCAAGGGUCAUAUAGUCUGACCCCCUGCACAGAUGCAGGGUAUAGUGGUCUGUAACUAUCCCAGAUAAAAUACACAGUUAGCAAUGUUGUUAUUUCUGAAUAACCUUGCUGGGCAAAACCCAGUACUUACCCCAGCCUGAUCUCCUCCAAUCAUCUCCCAGUGCCUAGUCUACUGCUAGGUAGUUGUUUUGCUGGGCUAACAUAUCAGAGGAAGGGGAAAGAAAUAAUUUCUGUGCCACAUGAUGAAAUAAUCUCUUUUUAGCUACCCUACCCCAUUAAGAGUCAUUUUAAGUCAAGGGAAUUAAUACUGCCCUUCCAGGAGCAGCCUUGGUCUCAAUCAUGAAUUUGAUUUACUAUAGGUAGGGGGGUCUUUUUCAUUAUGCUGUGUUGAAUUUAUAUAAAAUGUUAAUCUGAGUCCAUUCUAGAGGAACAGAGAAAUCUUCCUCAGGUUUUAUUCUCCUUAAGAGUCAUAUGUAGACUACACUCCAGCCCUCCUUGCAAAUUCAGUUCAGGCUCUGCUCUUCCCAUCUCAAGUGUAUUUUCAGCCUGAGACAGAUAGAGGGUUAAAUGCAGUAGGGAGGAGGGAGUCACCUAUUUGGCUGAUGAUGUUGGGAGACUUGGCUGCCUUAGCUCCCAUUAACACAGCUUACAGGUCCAUGCCCUUCGUUAGCAAGCAAACAGUGACCUCAACACAGGUUUGGGAUCCAAAAAAGCUCAGGUGGACCUGGGAUGUAUUCUGAGCCUGGAGUGGAGAGACAGUAUCUUGCAACCAGCCCCUGCGGCCCACUGUUCCAGCCCCCUUUCCAUUAGUCACUGUAACCAAAUGCAACUCCUUUCUCCCUGUUAAGCAAAUGCUGAAGUUGGAUGUUGUCUGGCAGGACCAAGAGAGACACUCUGCCCCCAGCCUCGUCUUUAUUUAUUUAUUUCCAGAGGCUGUAAACAACAGUGCUUUUUUAUCCUCUUUCUUUUCCUUUCUUUUGUAUUUUGGAACAACGUGUUGUAAUAAAUACCCAAAUAGGUGUUUUACCA